AUGAGAUCGUUCCAUAGCUCACUCCGCUCGACGCGAAGGUCUGCUUUUCAGCAUCAAGUCCGUCACUUUCACCCUACCAGGCCAAGGCCUUUCGUUGCCGAGGCUCUUAGCAUCUCAUCUGGGUUUAUCUAUUCUCUUCAUGCAAUCACUGGUCUUCCCUGGGUCGUUUCCCUCCCGUUGACGGCAUUGGUGGUGCGCACGACUGUCGCCAUGCCGUUGCAAAUCUAUACCAAGAUCCAGGCCCGGAGAGAGCGUGAUAUGAUCCCUCUGGUCCACUCUUGGCGAAAGUACUACCAGGAUGAUGUCAGAACCCGCAAGCUGGCCGGUCAACUCGCCCUCCCUGGAGCCGCGAAGAUGGAAGUAUUGAAGGCCAUGAAGGGCAAGCAGCGAGCCCUGCACAAACGCUGGAAUGUCGCUCGGUUCUGGAAGCCCCUCAAUUUUCUGCAGGCCCCCAUCUGGAUCUCCAUCAUGGAAAGCAUCCGAGCCAUGUCCGGUAGCACGAGCGGGCUGGUCCCUUAUCUGCUCUCCUUCAUGGAACCCUCGUCCUCUGCCGAGGCAGGCGCUGCCCUGCAACGGGCCGUCGAGCCGUCCCUAGCUACAGAGGGCGCUUUGUGGUUCCCGGACUUGAUGGCCGGUGACCCGACGGGCAUUCUUCCGGCCAUGUUGACCCUCUCUAUCCUUCUCAACGUCCGCACGGGCUGGAAGGCCCCGGCCCUUUCGGAACUGUCGGACCUGCCGCGGAUAGAAUUGGCGAAGAAGUUGACGGUGAAAGGGCUCAGAGCGUUCAUCCAGGUUCUCGCGCUAAACGUCGGUCUAUCGGCCUAUUAUCAUGGAAUGCCUGCAGCACUUAUGGUCUAUUGGAUCACCAGCACGAACACUGCCACGUUGCAGACCUAUCUUCUGGAAAAGUACAUGAUAUUCAACCAGCCCUUGAAGCCUUGGAGACAAAUGCAUAUCGCAUACACAUUACCGGGUGAAAAGAGACCUUCACAGACGAAAUAA